GGGACCCGGUAGCGGCGGCGGCGGCGGCGGCGGUAGCAGCAGCAAAGGAGCCGGAUCGCUGGCCCGAGCGGGAGGUGGCGGUGGCGGCUAUGGCGGCAGAUGGAGAGCGUUCCCCGUUGCUGUCCGAGUCCAUCGACGGUGGCGCCGGAGGCAACGGUUUAGUAGGGCCCGGUGGGAGCGGGGCUGGGCCCGGGGGAGGCCUGACCCCCUCCGCACCGCCGUACGGAGCCGGUAAACAUGCCCCACCCCAUGCUUUUCCCCCUUUCCCUGAGGGCCAUCCAGCUGUGCUGCCUGGGGAGGACCCACCCCCAUACUCACCCCUGACCAGCCCGGACAGUGGGAAUGCCCCCAUGAUCACCUGCCGUGUCUGCCAGUCUCUCAUCAACGUGGAAGGCAAGAUGCAUCAGCAUGUAGUCAAAUGUGGUGUCUGCAAUGAAGCCACUCCAAUCAAGAAUGCACCCCCAGGAAAAAAAUAUGUCCGAUGUCCUUGUAACUGUCUCCUUAUCUGCAAAGUAACCUCCCAGCGGAUUGCUUGUCCUCGUCCCUAUUGCAAAAGAAUCAUCAACUUGGGACCUGUGCAUCCAGGACCUCUCAGUCCAGAACCUCAGCCAAUGGGUGUCAGGGUCAUUUGUGGACAUUGCAAGAACACUUUUCUGUGGACAGAGUUCACUGACCGAACCUUAGCACGAUGCCCACACUGCAGGAAAGUGUCAUCUAUUGGGCGAAGGUAUCCAAGGAAGAGAUGUAUCUGCUGCUUUUUGCUUGGCUUACUCUUGGCAGUCACUGCCACUGGUCUUGCUUUUGGCACAUGGGAACAUGCACAGCAAUAUGGAGGUAUCUAUGCAGCCUGGGCGUUUGUCAUCCUGUUGGCUGUGUUGUGUUUGGGCCGGGCUCUCUAUUGGGCCUGUAUGAAGGUCAGCCACCCAGUCCAGAACUUCUGAGCCCCUGUGAUUCAGACUGCUUGGCCCCUCCCUAGUUGGGACAGUAACACUACAAAGGGGGCUGGGGUAAAAGGCUUCCAAGGCUUCUGUAAGGAAGCCAAGCAGUUGCCUUCCUUUUUCCUGGGAAGAAGUAUAAAUGAACCAGGCCCCUGCUUAGGUCUGGAGGGGUAGACAAGACUGCUGCUGGCUGUUUUCCUCCCAGGGUUACUGUGUUUAGGGUGAAGUAGGCGAACAUUGCCCUGGAACUUGUGUUCUGGACUCUACCUGUGUGCUUCUUCCUGGGAGCCACUUACACAUUCCAGGGCAGGGUAGGGUGGGAAGCCCUGGGGGGGGGGGGGAAUCCCUCCCUCUUGUGCACCAUUAGGACCGUGCUGCUGCUAUUGCACUUCACCAGGGCUGGCUCUGGCCUCAGUACCCUUUUCCCUCUCCCCACAUUCCAUGUCCUGUGGGGGUGGGGUCAGCCACUGCUCUGAACAGAACCACAGGAACUGCUGUGUAUAUAACUAUUUAAUGUGGGGGUACAGUCCCCUAAUCCUCUACUUCCCUUAUUUCCUCCUUCCAACCUUCCUUACCCCUGGUUGCAGUAUUUAACUGGGCUGGGUAGGGUUGCUGUAUCUUGGGGGGGGGGGGGAGGGAAGGGGGAGGUUAGGGACUCAUCCUGUGCUUGUAAAUAAAUAAGAUUGUGACUGUAA